UCAAACGCUAGUGCCAUUAUUGUACUAGUCAUAGUCAAUAUAAAUUGUUCUUAACCGCACUAUAAAUCUGAACAUAAAUAAUUGUGUAUCAAAUAGUGAAGCCGUGGAUUAACAUAUCUAUAAUGUUAUUCGCAUCCUCGUCAUAAACUUAGCAAGAAAAUUCCUCGAACUGACAUCGAUUAAAAAAAAAAUGUUAUAAUUAUAUCCCCCAGCGAAAAGUACUUUCUUCUAAACUGGUUCUUUCGCGCGAGCCACUUACAGUUGUAUCUUAGCAAUGUUUGGUCACCUUAGACAUCCAAAUUUCUUUAUAAUAAAUUUAAUAUUUCUUUAUUAUGUGAGAUUUACGAAUAGUUUAGAUUCGACUUUACAGUUGGUCCAUGUACUUUUUCGACACGGCGACAGAACAACGGAUACUUUAACUUUGUAUCCAAACGAUCCUCAUAUUAAUGAAACAUACUAUCCUUACGGUUUAGGCGAGUUGACUCUUAAAGGCAAACAACGAGAAUUCAGACUUGGCAAAUUAUUGAGAACAAGAUAUGAUAAAUUCUUAGGAGAAAUUUACACCCCAGAUAUAGUUGAAGCUUGGAGCUCAGAUAGAAAUAGAACAAAAAUGUCCCUCCAGUUAGUUUUAGCGGGGUUAUUUCCACCUAGUAAGGAACAAAUGUGGGAAACUGAUUUAAACUGGCAGCCAAUCCCUUUUCACACGAAUCCUUUAACGCAGGACAUGUUGUUUUUCGGUAUUCUUUGCCCCAGUUAUACACAAUACACUUCAGAAUAUGAAAAUUCGACUAAAAUACAACGACAAUUGCAACAGCAUUCCGAGGAUUUUAAAUAUAUUUCAGAAAAAAGUGGUUUAAACGCAAAAAGUUAUCAGGAUAUGUUUUUACUGUAUUCAUGUUUAACAACAGAACAAGAAUACGGUUUAAUUCUUCCAGAGUGGACGAAGAAUGUUUACCCGCAACCCCUCCAAGAUCUUACUAUUAAAGGAUAUCAGGCUGAAACUGCAACUACUGAAAUGAGAAGAAUCACUUCUGGAACUUUAUUGAAGAAAAUUGUUGAUAACAUCGAAGCCAAAGUUGAUAACCAAAUGCCGCUUAAAAACAGAAAAAUAUAUCUCUAUUCUGGACACGAAUUUAACAUUGCCCACUUAUUACAUACAUUGGAGGUGUUUGAACCGCAUAUACCACCAUAUGGAUCUUAUAUAUUAUUUGAGCUCCAUAAAAUUGACAACGUUACUGGGUUUAAAAUUUAUUAUCAAGAUUACAGUUCGGUUCAGCCGAAGUUGUUAAAGUUACCUGCAUGUGACGAAUUUUGUCCUCUGAAGAAAUUUGUUUCCUACGUGGAAGAAUACUUUCCAGAAAAAGACGCAUGCAAGUUGUGAACAUAAACUGCUUUAGGUUUUAUUUUUAAAAUGUAAAAACAACUUGUAUUUGUUUUGAAAGUUUUGCUGAGCUUGUGGAAUAUAUAGUGGGUCCAAUUUUCAUGUUCAUGCUUCGUUUUAAACAUCAUAGUUUAGAUGUUUCAAUAAAUCAUGUUAGAUAAAUUGACA